GCUUAGGGCCUUGAUCUCGAGUGGACUGACUCGAGAGCAUGUUCAACAUCUGACAGCUCGUAGUCCAAGAUCUGAAUCUCCUUUGAUGCUUUGACCAUUCCUUCCUUCUCCCUUCACACACCCGUUAUUCUUGAUACAGCUGUGUACUGCCCCCAGAACCACUUAAGAACGCUUUCUGUCAACAUUUGCUUCUAUGCAAUCCUAUAGAAUAGGUCCUUUGCCGAUAUACCAUUGUCUGAAGCUGCGAGGUUCUCACCUUUGUCUCAUCAAGAUGAGGUACAACUUGUUAUUUACGUCCCCGCGUGGAUACUCUGAUCUUGCAGCGCCUUCGCGCGUUUCUGGUAUCCACAUAUACAGUCGAACUCCCAGGCAUGUGUAAGAAGAGACCUGCGUAUUCUUCCUCCGUAACUUGACCACCCUGAGCGACGACAAGAGCUAUCCAGACUACGCAGCAAUGUUCGAUUCGGGCCAGGUUAUCUUGGAGAACGUGUUUAGAUUUGCUUCAGUCAUAGAAGACUCAGACUGGGAAGAUAUCCUUCUGAUUCCGGCCUACAUAAUGGCGAUCUCAUGCGUGAUACUAGUCGGGCAAGCCAUCUACCAUACCUUUGCCCAUUCGAAGGAACGAGCACUGUCGCCUGUCGACGCUGACGACCAGGGUGUACAUAUUGCCAACCCUAGUCAUUUGUCGCGUCUUCGAGCGCAUAUAGACGAACUUGGAGGUCUCCAGCUUUUCUUUUUCAGGUUAAUUCACUUGCUCGCGUGUCUUGCGCUAGUCGUACUCUCCAUAGCUACAAACCUACAGCAACUCACUGCGACCUAUACAUAUGCGUCGUGUCUGUCCUUAUUCUCACUUUCGGCUAAAUCACCAUGGAAUAGAAUUGCUAAGAAUCACCUUCACGUUGUGCUAAUAGCUUCAUUCGCCCUCUUCGCCUACCGCGAUCUUUGGCCACUUGCGACUUACACAUUGACACCCGCCGAUGGAGCGGAAGGAUGGCUGCUUUGGACGGAGGUCGGUGUACUUUCUUUCGCAGCUGUCUUCAUUCCUCUGGUUUCGCCUAGGCAAUAUGUACCCGUUGAUCCUGAGGACGGUAAUGAACCAACCCCGGAACAAACCGCAUCUUGGCUAUCACGGCUAUUCUACAUUUACUGUGAUCCAGUGGUUCUGAAAGCAUUCCGAGUGCCCCAUAUGAAAAUUGACGAUUUACCGCUUUUGAGUGACUUCAAUCGGACGAAGUAUCUAGUCAAAGAAAGCUUCCAGCAUCUCGAUCCACUUCUUUCUCCCAGUAGAACGCACAUCGGCCUGAAGUUGACAUUCAAGGUCUUUCCUGUCGAACAUGUGAGGAUGGCGCUUGCAUUGAUUGCCUAUAGUGGAUUGACCAUGGCAGGUCCAAUUGCCAUCAACCGACUUUUGGCCUAUCUUGAAACUGGAGGUACAGAUGAAUUCAUCCAACCCUGGUUCUGGGUGUUAUGGAUCCUCUUCGGCGACACAUUGGCUUCUAUUGCAAUAAAUUACUACAAUUAUCAGGCAACAACAGUUUUUGUUCAAUGUCAAGCCAUUUUGACACAGCUCAUCUUUGAUCAUGCACUUCGUAUCCGUGUCAAGGCUGAAGUCUCCAAACCUUCCCCUACUGCUAGUAAUGACACCACUGCUGUCUCCACUCCUGAUACUGCAUCAGUAGCUGAGGGUGAAGGUCCAUCUACAUUCUCAGAGUCUUCUGCUGCUAGUACUGCAUCUUGCACUGCAUCAAGUUCUACCAAAGGUAAGAACACAGGACCUGAGGCUGACAAGGCAAAAGAACCUAUAGGAGUUGAGAAGCAUAACCUGACUGGAAGACUAAACAAUCUUGUAACAAGUGAUGUGGACAGUCUUGUGAAUGGUCAGCAGUGGAUGAUGAUAGCAUUUUUCUUGCCAAUGCAGCUUGUGUUUAAUAUCUGGUUUCUGUAUAUAUUGUUGGGAUGGGGUGUGCUACCAGGUUUCAGUGCAAUGAUCUUGAUGUCACCUCUGCCUGGACUCAUUGCCAAGCUGAUUAACAAUACUCAAGUACAAAAGAUGAAAAAGAGUGAUGCACGGGUACAGAAUGUCACUGAAAUCUUGAAUGUGAUCAGGAUGGUAAAGCUUUUUGGAAAUGAUUUUAUCAACUCUGCCCUCCCAAUUGUGAUGACCCUCACCUCUUAUGGCAUCUAUACUCUGGUUAUGAAACAGCCUCUUACAGCAUCUCGAAUCUUUGCAUCUGUCACAUUAUUCCGACUUCUUGAAGGAAAUUUGCACAUGAUGUUCAUGUUUGUGCCUGGAAUCAUUGAAGGCAAAGUUGCCUUGGACCGUAUGAAUGAGUUCAUCCAAGAGACAGAGCUCCUAGACAAGUAUACAAGUGACAUUCAGGCUACAGUCCCGACUUCUCAAGAUGAGGUCUCCUCAGUCGGUAUCGGCCAAUCCUCCUUCACUUGGAUGAGCGAAGAACAUGCCUGCGAUACUACUCCAUCAUCAACCCGGCCCGCAUUUACGCUCCGAAUUGACGAUGAGGUAUCGUUCAAACCCGGAUGCAUCAACCUGGUAAUCGGACAAACGGGCUCUGGGAAGACGUCACUUUUGAUGGCUUUACUAGGGGAGAUGCACCGUAUUCCCACUGGGCCACACUCUUUUCUCAACCUUCCAAGGCAAGGCGGUGUUGCGUAUCACGCGCAAGAGUCAUGGGUUUUAAACGAGACAAUCCGGGAUAAUAUAUUGUUCGGUGCUCCAUAUGACGAGCAUCGUUACAAUACAGUGCUCGAACAAUGUGCCCUCAAGCAUGACAUCGAGCUUUUCCAAGCGGGCGAUCAGACUGAGGUUGGAGAAAAAGGCCUGACCCUGAGCGGCGGACAAAAGGCUCGCGUCACCCUCGCUCGGGCGGUGUAUUCUUCGGCAGAAAUUCUCCUCCUCGACGACGUUCUUGCUGCAUUAGACGUACACACUGCUCGGUGGAUUGUCGACAAAUGUUUUCAAGGAGAUUUGGUACGAGGACGCACUGUCAUUCUCGUGACACACAACGUCGCAAUGAUGGCACCUGUGGCGGAUUUUGUUGUGUCCCUGGGCCUCAACGGUCAGAUUCUAAGCCAAGGAACUCUGUCCAACGCUUUAGCAAAAGACGAAACACUGUUAGCUGAAGUAGACAGAGACGCCAAGGCAAUUGAGAAGGCCGAACACGAUGUUAUAGAAGCUCCUCCGGACACAGAUCCGACAACUAAAUCCGGGAAAUUGAUAGUCGAGGAAGAGGUUUCUGAAGGUCACCUUGGCUGGUCCGCUCUCAAACUUCUAGUUGUUAAUAUGGCAGGAAAAGGCGGCACGUUCGUGUUCUGGCUUUCCUUUAUCGGAGUCUGCGUGGCCACAAGAGCUAGUGAUAAUAUGGAAAUAUGGGUACUUACUCUGUGGGCCAGUCGUUAUGAGGACCCAGAUUCUUCUGACGUGCCAAUCAUCCCCUACCUAGCGCUAUAUACUGGUGUCUACUUCUUCACAGUUCUGCUAAUGGUCGUGGGGUCCGUUGUAUGGUUUUUCGGGUCCCUACGAGCGUCGCGCAGGAUCCAUGAACUUCUGGUCAAAUCUGUUCUUGGCAGCAGCUUGAGGUGGUUAGAUCGAACACCAGUUUCUCGAAUCAUUACUCGAUGCACUCAAGACAUCCAGCAGAUCGACUCAGGUUUACCUAGCAUUAUAAAUGCAUUGAUAGAUUAUACUGCGUCGAUCGUUCUCAAGUUCACAGCUGUUCUCCUCAUUUCGCCUAUCUUCAUCAUACCUGGCCUAAUUCUAAUCGUCGUUGGCGUGUCUAUUGGCAACGUCUAUAUGAAGGCGCAGUUACCAGUCAAGCGUGAAGGCAGCAAUGCGAGAGCUCCUGUCCUUGGGCACUUCGGAUCGGCGGUUUCAGGGAUUGUUUCGAUUCGUGCAUACGGCGCUCAAGAUGCGUUUAGAAAAGAAUCAUACCGUCGUAUUGACCAAUAUACACGAGCGCAGAGACAGUUCUGGGACUUGAACAGAUGGAUCAAUGUCCGCAUGAAUCUACUUGCGUCGCUGUUUGCAUCUAGUUUGGCGGCGUAUUUGACAUAUGGCACAAGUAUUACAGCUUCAAAGGCUGGCUUCUCCCUGAAUAUGGCUGUCGGAUUCAGCAGCAUGAUUUUAUGGUGGGUUCGCUUUUUAAACAUGGUUGAAACUAGAGGCAAUAGUUUGGAACGAAUUCAGCAAUACAUUGAAAUAGAGCACGAACCCAAGUCAGCCAAAGAAGGGGUUCCUCCGGCAUAUUGGCCAGCCAGCGGAGACUUGCGGGUCGAGAACUUGUCUGCUCGCUAUUCACCUGAUGGACCCAAGGUCUUGCAUGAGAUAUCUUUCCACAUCGUACCCGGAGAACGCAUUGGCAUCGUGGGUCGCACUGGAAGCGGAAAGAGCUCCUUGACUUUGGCACUGCUGCGAGCCAUCAUUACCGAAGGGAAGAUGUACUACGACGGCAUUGCAACUGAUACAUUGAACCUCGAUGCAUUGCGUUCCAAUAUCACCAUCAUACCGCAAGUGCCUGAGCUGCUCAGCGGAACGCUACGCCAGAAUCUGGAUCCCCUUUCUCAACAUGAUGACGCGGUAUUGAACUCUGCACUGUGCUCGGCUGGCCUCUUUUCCCUUCAGAAUGCGAAUACUGAGAGCCGUCUUGCUUUGGAUUCCCAAAUUUCUGGAGGCGGAAGUAAUCUUUCAGUUGGUCAGAGGCAGAUACUUGCGCUCGCGCGGGCCCUCGUGCGGCAAAGUAAGAUUCUCAUCCUGGACGAAGCUACUUCUGCUAUUGACUACGAGACCGAUGCUGUCAUUCAGAAGUCGCUCAGGAGUGAACUCGGAAAGGACGUGACGCUCCUUACCGUUGCUCAUCGUCUUCAAACCAUUAUGGAUUCCGACAAGAUUAUGGUACUAGAUGCUGGACGACUCGUCGAAUUUGAUAAGCCCACCGAGCUUCUCAAGAAUGAGAAGAGCUAUUUCCGCGCCUUGAUCGAAGAGAGUGGCGACAAGGAAGCUCUCUUGGCCAUGAUCAACUGAAGUUCCCCGAUCCAUAGAUCAGAAUUUGGUUUUCACUUUUGUUACUUGCAUGGACCUUUGUAGUGUGCUGCACGUCAUGUGAAUGGCUCUAUAGACAAGAACGAUGUGUGGGGUACUUAUGAUACAAUGAAGCUGCAAUCGAUCAAUAUAUAGCUACAAGUGAUGAAUCCA